AUGUUUUGGGUCUCCUUCUACAAGCUUGCUUCUUUCUUUUUCCUCUUCUGCGUCCUCUACUUUCCAUUCUUCUUCUUCCUACCCCUCUACCACUUCAUCCUCUUUCUUCUCUUCUUCCUCUAUCAUUUCUUGCUCUUCCUCCUCCUCUUCUGCCUCUUUCUCUUUUACCACUUUAUCCUAUUUUUUUCUCCUGCUCUUCAACCUCUUCUUCUUCUCCUUCCUUCCUCCUUAUUCUCUUCUCCCUCCUCUUUCUCAUCUACCACUUCUUCCUCUUCCUACUCUUCCUCUUCUAUUACUUAUUCCUCCUUCACUUUCUCUUCUUCCUCAUCUACCACAUCUUCCUCUUCCUCCUCUUUUUCUGCAACCUCUAUUUAUUUUUCUUCUAUUACUUCUUCCUCCUUCACUUCUUCCUCUUCCUCAACUCCACUUUUUUCCCUCUUCCACUACUCGUUUCUCUUCCUUCCAUUCUUCUUCCUCUACCACUUCAUCCUCUUUCUUCUCUUCAUCUUAUCUUGCUCUUCCUCCUCUUCCACUUCUUCCUCUUUCUCCUUUACCACUUUAUCCUAUUCUUUCUCCUGCUCUUCAACCUCCUCUUCCUCUUAUCCUUCCUCUUCGUUCUCUUCUUCCUCCUUUUCCUCAUCUAACACUUCCUCCUAUUCAACUUUCUCUUCUUCUUCCUCCUCUACCACUUUUCCCUCUUCCUCCUCCUCUUUUCCAUCCUCCUCCUCCUCUUCUCCAUACCCCACUUCUUACUCCUCAUCGACCACAUCUUCAUCUUCUUCCCCUUCAUCUUUUUCCUCAUCCACUUCUUCUUCCUCGUCCUCUCCCACUUCCUCCUCAUUCUCUUCUUCCUCCUUUUCCUCAUCCAACACUUCUUUCUAUUCAGCUUUCUCUUCCUCUUCCUCUACCAUUUCUUCCCCUUCCUCUUUUCCAUCCUCCUCUUCCUCUUCUCCAUCCUCCACCUCCACUUCUUCCUCCUCUACCACUUCCUCCUCCUCUUCUCAAUCAUCCUCUUGUUCUUCCUCCUCUACCACUUCCUCCUCCUCUUCUCAAUCAUCCUCUUGUUCUUCCUCCUCUACCACUUCCUCCUCCUCUUCUCAAUCAUCCUCUUGUUCUUCCUCCUCUACCACUUCCUCCUCCUCUUCUCAAUCAUCCUCUUAUUCUUCCUUCACUUCUUCUGUUUGUUGA